UCUACCCCUUCCUCUCUUGUUCAUUUUCUCUUCCUGUCUAUCCAUAUAUCCCUCUCUAUCCUUCUCCACUACUACACAUCGUGCUUGAAGAUUGACAGAUUCCCCUUUUUUUUUUUUCGUAGUUAGAAAAAAAAUAGUGAUUUCUCAGAUACGGUGUUGCAACAUGUGUUCCGCGUGAAAAUCAAAUACUAUUUCCAACAGCAGCGAAAAUUGUUUUAUUUUGGACAAAGUGACAACACAAGAUCGAUAUCAAACCAAUAAGGGUCAUGGGUCCAGUGAUGUUGUGGAGGCUCUUCGCCUUAAUCUCUCUGUCAGUAGUGUUAAGCACAAUCUACAUCCAACCUAGUGUCAGAGACGUCCGCCGAGGGAGCGUCAUCAGGGCCGCGCAAAGACCUGCUAAGAGAAUACUGAUCUGGAAUGUUUACUACGACAAGAGAGCGGAGGAAUGGGAGAGAGUAUUCCAAAGACUCCUGAACCGCGAGUGCCCUGUGAGUGAAUGUGACAUCGUCUACGACCACAGGUUCCUCGACACAGCUGAUGCCGUCCUUCUGAAGAGGGUGCAGGAUGACGUGCUCCCUGACAAUCACCCUGAGGGCCAAGUGUGGGUCUUUUUCUCCCUCGAAGCCCUGCAACACUACGACUGGAGGAUCCCUGUUGAAGCCCGACACAUCUACAACUGGACGAUGACGUACCAUUCCUUCUCGGACGUUGUCGUUCCCUAUGGACGCGCUGUCCUCCUCCCUCCCAACGCUCAAAAUCUUUCUUUAUCUUCAGAUAAAAGGAAUUAUUGGCAAGAGAAAAUAAAGGACGGGGUACUCGUGGCGUGGAUGGUCAGCCACUGCCACACCGCCUCCAACCGGGAAGGGUAUGUCGAUCACCUUCAGAGGUUCAUGGAAGUUGACAUAUAUGGGAAAUGUGGCCCCAAAAGCUGCGCCGACCGCUUCACGCUGAGUCGCCUCACGCCCAACCACGAGGAGUGUUUUCGGAUCAUGGGCUCCUAUAUGUUCUAUCUAGCUUUCGAAAAUGCUAUCAGUACGGACUACGUCACCGAGAAAUUGUUCAAGACGCUACACCUCGACGUCAUUCCUGUGGUGUUCGGAGGCGCCGACUACGCCGCCAUAGCGCCUCCGAAUUCCUACAUUAACGCCUUGGACUUCCUGUCUCCCAUUGACCUAGCUGAGUACUUGAAGAAGGUCGCUAGUAAUGAGACUCUUUAUAACAGUUACUUUCGCUGGAAGGGGAAAUAUAAUAUCGAGCUGGGUCAUCCUGUGAGGCCGCUGGUGUGUGACCUCUGCGCUAAGCUCCACGGGGAACAUGUUGUCAGCGCCCCUAAGCCGUGGAGGAGCAAGUGCACCGUCAGUAACCAAGAAGGAGCGAAGGAUCUAGAAGGAACGUACAGUAACAUCGAAGGAACGUACAAAGCAGUUGACAACCUGCGCGCCUGGGAUCCUCAAACCUUCACGUUGAGAAAAGUUUAUCUUUAAAUGAAACUAAUUGAAACUUUUUGUUUGUUUGUUUGUUUGAGAGAGAGA